CUCAUCCUGAUCAUCAGGUGGUCGCUCAUCUGUUUUGCUCUCAGGCUGAACAAACUGAUCUGAGAGCAGGCGGAGAUCUGGUUUCAGUCCCACGGUCAGCCCUGAGUCCAUCCUCUUCCUCCUCCUCCUCCUCCUCAAGGCACAUCAUCACAUCAACGCUUCCUCCUGUUUACUCUGCCUGCGACCCCUCCCCCUUUAUAUCUGCUCUCAUCACAGAUCCCUCCUAUGUGCCACUGACUGGCUUGAAAAAACACGCAACCAACCAGAGACUCUUCCAACACUUUUUUUUAUUCCAUCCUGGGAUUGACUCGUCUGACGGCAGUUUUUUUUUUCCUGGAAAACAACAGUCUGAUCCACUCCUCAUCAGUCAGGUUUUUGCGUCUCCCACAGCGACUACCCCCCGGAUCUCUUCCUCUGAGGCUUACCGGCAUCUUCUCCUACUUUUCCAGUUGUACAUUGACAGCAGGUGCAGCCUCCAUCCAAGCCUCGGCAGCAUGUUGGACCCGUCUUCCAGCGAGGAGGAAGGGGAUGAGAUACUGGAGGUGGAGCGCAAAGAGGUGGCGGCCCCGAAGAGCGUCGCUGGAGCCCGGCCGUCACCGGGCCGUGCCGCCGCCGACGGCCACGGCAGCGGCGCAGGGCUCCAGCCCCGGGGCCGCGGGAGUGGCGCUGGGCGACCCUCCAGCCCCAGCCCCUCGGUUGGCAGUGACAAAGAGAAGGAAGACCUGGAGAAGAUGCAGAGGGAGGAGGAGGAGAAGAAAAAGAGACUCCAGCUGUAUGUGUUUGUGAUGCGCUGCAUCGCAUAUCCAUUUAACGCAAAGCAACCUACUGACAUGGCCAGGAGGCAGCAGAAGAUCAGUAAGCAGCAUCUGCAGACGGUCAAAGAACGGUUCCAGUCGUUCCUCAGCGGAGACACACAGAUUGUUGCUGACGAAGCUUUCAUCAACGCCGUCCAGAGCUACUACGAUGUCUUUCUGAAGAGUGACCGCGUGUCUAGGAUGGUACAGAGCGGCGGCUGCUCGGCAAACGACUCUCGGGAGGUUUUUAAGAAGCACAUAGAGAAGCGUGUGCGCAGCCUGCCGGAGAUCGACGGCCUGAGCAAAGAGACGGUGCUGAGCUCCUGGUUGGCAAAGUUCGACACCAUCUACCGUGGUGAAGAGGAUCCCAGGAAGCACCAGCAGAGAAUGACCGCCAGCGCCGCCUCGGAGCUCAUCCUCAGCAAAGACCAGCUGUAUGAGAUGUUCCAGCAGAUCCUGGGCAUCAAGAAGUUUGAGCACCAGCUGCUCUACAACGCCUGCCAGCUGGACAACCCUGAUGAGCAGGCGGCUCAGAUCAGAAGAGAGCUGGAUGGACGAUUGCAAAUGGCCGACCAGAUCGCUCGGCACGGUGGAAGAUUCCCCAGGUUUACGUCCAGAGAGAUGGAGGCCAUGUUCAUCGAGGAGCUGCGGUCAUCCGUCAACCUUCUGAUGGCCAACCUGGAGAGCAUGCCGGUGUCUAAAGGGGGAGAGUUUAAGCUGCAGAAGCUGAAACGAGGACACAACACCUCCAUCAUGGACAUGGGGCAGGAGGAUGAGAACACACUGUCCAAAUCUGACGUGGUCCUGUCCUUCACUCUGGAGGUGGUGAUCAUGGAGGUCCAGGGUCUCAAGUCUUUAGCUCCAAACAGGAUUGUUUACUGCACGAUGGAGGUAGAGGGAGGACACAAACUACAGACGGACCAGGCUGAGGCCUCUAAACCCACUUGGGGUACCCAGGGUGACUUCACCACCACCCAGCCGCUACCUGCCGUGAAGGUGAAGCUGUUUACUGAGAGCACAGGAGUGUUGGCUCUGGAGGACAAGGAGCUGGGGAAGGUUGUUCUCCAUCCGACUCCAAACAGCCCCAAGCAUUCCGAGCUCCACAAGAUGACGGUGUCCAAAGGCUGUCCAGACAACGACCUCAGGAUCAAACUGGCUAUUCGCAUGGACAAACCACAGAACAUGAAGCAUUGUGGGUACCUCUGGGCCAUCGGCAAAAACGUGUGGAAAAGAUGGAAGAAAAGAUUCUUUGUGCUGGUUCAGGUGAGUCAGUACACCUUUGCCAUGUGCAGCUACAGAGAGAAGAAGGCUGAGCCAGUGGAGUUGCUCCAGUUGGAUGGCUACACGGUGGACUACACAGACCCCCAGCCAGGUCUAGACGGAGGCCGGACGUUCUUCAACGCUGUGAAAGAGGGCGACACAGUGAUCUUUGCCAGUGAUGACGAGCAGGACCGGAUCCUGUGGGUGCAGGCCAUGUACAGAGCUACGGGACAGUCACACAAACCGGUUCCUCCCACCCAGGUCCAGAAACUCAACUCCAGGGGGAGCACGGCUCCACAGCUCGAUGCACCCAUCUCUCAGUUCUAUGCUGAUCGAGCUCAGAAGCACGGCAUGGAUGAGUUUAUUUCUGCCAACCCCUGUAACUUCGACCACGGCUCACUCUUUGAGCUGGUGCAGCGCCUCACUCUGGACCACAGACUCAACGACUCCUACUCCUGCCUGGGCUGGUUCAGUCCUGGUCAGGUGUUUGUCUUAGACGAGUACUGCGCUCGGUAUGGUUGUCGGGGCUGCCAUCGACAUUUAUGUUACCUGAGUGAUCUGCUGGAGAGGGCAGAGAACGGAGCCAUGAUCGACCCCACCCUUCUGCACUACAGCUUCGCCUUCUGUGCCUCCCACGUCCACGGAAACAGGCCUGAUGGUAUCGGCACAGUCACGUUUGAAGAGAGGGAGCGCUUCGAUGAGAUCAAGGAGAGGCUACGAGUGCUUCUGGAAAACCAGAUUACACACUUCAGGUACUGCUUUCCAUUCGGACGACCAGAAGGAGCACUGAAAGCUACUCUGUCCUUGCUUGAAAGGGUUCUAAUGAACGAUAUUGUCACGCCUGUUCCUCAAGAUGAAGUCAAGACCGUGAUCCGGCGGUGUCUGGAGCAGGCAGCGAUGGUCAACUACCAACGCCUGUCAGAGUAUGCCAAAAUAGAAGAGAAUGUAGGACGGUUAGUUACCCCUGCCAAAAAACUGGAGGACACCAUCCGCCUGUCUGAGCUGGUGAUCGAGGUGCUUCAGCAGAACGAGGAACACCAUGCUGAGGCCUUCGCGUGGUGGUCGGACCUGAUGGUGGAGCACGCAGAGACCUUCCUGUGUCUCUACUCGGCCGACAUGGAUGCAGCUCUGGAGGUUCAGCCGCCCGACAGCUGGGACAGUUUCCCUCUCUUCCAACUCCUCAACGACUUCCUGAGAGUUGACUAUAACCUGUGCAACGGUAGGUUCCACAAACACCUCCAAGAUCUGUACGCCCCCCUUGUGGUUCGAUAUGUGGACCUGAUGGAGUCGUCCAUCGCUCAGUCGAUUCACAGAGGCUUUGAGAGAGAGUCCUGGGAGCCUGUCAAUAAUGGCUCAGGGACGUCGGAGGAUCUCUUCUGGAAGCUGGACGCUCUGCAGACCUUCAUCAGAGACCUCCACUGGCCUGAAGAGGAGUUCGGGAAACAUCUGGAGACCCGGCUGAAGCUGAUGUCCAGUGACAUGAUCGAGUCCUGUGUAAAACGGACACGAGCAGCGUUCGAGGCCAAGCUUCAGAAGAGCAGCAGGACCACAGACUUCCGCGUGCCUCAGUCCAUCUGCACCAUGUUCAAUGUCAUGGUGGAUGCCAAGGCCCAGUCAGCCAAGCUGUGUGCCAUGGACCUGGGACAGGAGAGACAAUACCACUCCCAAAUCGACAAUCUCAUCGAGGAGACGGUGAAGGAGAUGAUAACUCUGCUCGUAGCCAAGUUUGUGGUUAUUUUAGAGAGCGUGUUAGCGAAGCUCUCCAGAUACGACGAGGGAACUCUCUUCUCUUCAUUCCUUUCUUUCACAGUGAAAGCUGCCUCAAAGUAUGUGGACGUACCUAAGCCCGGGAUGGACGUUGCUGAUGGUUAUGUUACGUUUGUGCGACAUUCCCAGGACAUGCUACGGGAGAAGGUCAACGAGGAGGUGUACAUAGAGAGAUUAUUUGAUCAAUGGUACACCAGCACUAUGAACCUCUUGGGCACAUGGCUGACUGACCGAAUGGACCUGCAGCUUCACGUUUAUCAGCUCAAGAUUCUCAUCAGGGUUGUCAAGAAAAAAUACCGUGACUUCCGCCUUCAAGGAGUGCUGGACUCCACAUUAAACAGCAAGAUGUAUGACACCGUUAGAAACCGGCUGACUUUGGAGGAAGCCACAGCCUCAGUGAGAGAAGGAGGGAUGCAAGGCAUCUCCAUGAGAGACAGCGAUGAAGAGGACGGUAACUAGAUCAAAGGGGCUGAAAACUACGAGAAUGUUGAAGCUCUUCAGGAGAGUGAGCGGUAUACUGCCUGAGAACCCAUGCAGCCUUUCCCUGAGGUCUAACAGAGUGGCCUAACAUCCAGCUUGUUCCCCCCAUAUUUUGCGUUGUCAGUUUUGUUUCUGUCAUUGUUCAGAUUUUAUAAAUUGAUGAUGUUUUUGUCUAUAAAAACUUGCAGGCUUCAUAUCAACGGUUUGGAUUUUCAAAUCCCCAAACAGGCUCAUCAAACUUUGUUCCUUAUGUUCUCUUUUACUGAAAUUAUGAACGGCCCGCUGCUUGAGGGUAGCUCUUUUGGUAGGGCUGGAUCAACUGAUUGUGACAUUGCUAAGGGCGAUGGCUGACAGUCAUUGAUCGCAACGUCCUCUACGGUAAUGGUUUAAAAGUUUGCAACAUAUCUGGUUCCAAAGUUGGUUUGACCAGCUAAUGGCUGCAACCCCUAGAGCAGAAAGCGACAGAGCAGCCAAGACUCCAAAGUUGUCGCCCCCUGCCUUAUGCUAUCCAUCGCUACCCUCUCGUUUGAUCACCCCGUAUGUGUCCAUCACAGCCCAGGUGAUUCACCAUUUUUUAAUAGAACAACUUCUCAUGCUGUUGCUUAUGCAUACUCUGUAGCAGGCAGCAAAAAAACAAACUCUAUCAAGGCCCAUUGUAACGUUUCACUCAGGACAUUGUCAUUAGCCAAUUUGACAAACAUUGCCAAACUCUUACCCAAGGCAAUCGACCCUGAUUAAUUCCUCCUGAAGUGGGAACAAACAAAUGUCUUGAAUAUGAAAGAGGGGCCAAACCUCACGCCAGUGGGAGACAAGCACAAAUGUGGCAAUGAGCCCUCACCAUGUGUAGCAGCCAAUGAAUAACAUGAUAAGGAAAGGGAGGCCAUUGUUAUCUUUAUGGAGUUCAUCAAUGAAGACAUGCAGAAUAUUUUGCCGUACCUUCUCUUGUCUACAGUCUUUGUACAGGAGCUUUUCUGUUGAUUGUUGCUCAGUUUUUCUUCCACAUUUUGAAAAGUACGAAUAGAUUAGAGAGCUCCAUAGAUAUUCUUGGCAGUCCAGGAAAAUAACUUCCAAAACACUCUGAUGAUCUGAACCUUAAGGCUAAUAUCCAACAGUCAUGACAUUAUGACCACCUGCUAUCGUGCAAGGUCCCCCCUCAUCAGGUCAGGACAUGACAUGGACUCCUCUAGACCUCUAAAGGUGUGCUGUUGUAUCUGGCACCAAGACAUUAGCAGCAGAUCCUUUAAGUCCUGCAUGUUGCAGGUCAGGCCUCCAUGGAUCAGACCUGGUUGUCCAGCACAUCCCCCAGAUGCUCAAUUGGAUCAAGAUCUAGAUAAUUUACAGGCAAAGUGAACACUGUUGUGGUACCCUGAAUGGUCUGUAGCUAAGCAUCAUCUUUUUUGAUCAGUAGUUUGAUCUCUGGUUGCUCUAGUUGGAAGGACCAUAUGGACCUGCCUUUGCACUUCACGGGCAUUAUCGAGCCUUGGCCAAUCAUAACCCUAUUGUGGGUUCACCAAUUUUCCUUCCUUGGACCACUUUUGGUAGGUACUGACCCCUGCAGACCAGAACACUUCACAAGAGCUGCAGUUUUGGAGAUGCUCUGACCCAGUCAUGUAGCCACCAUAGUUUGACCUUUGUCAAAGUCACUUCUAUCUUUAUUCUUUCACAUUUAUUCUGCUUUCAACACAUCAACUUUGUGGACAAAGUGUCCACUUGCUGAACAGGAUAAUCAGUGAUAUUCACUCCAGCUGUCAGUGGUCAUAAUGUUACGGCUGAUCGGUGUAAAGCCUGCCAACAAACGCAAACAACACUAUAACAACUGUUCCCUGAUUAGGUCAUCCGGGGACAAAGUGUCCAUUCCUAAACAACAGCGUUAAACCUUCAACACUCAUUGGACAUUUCCAAAGUUUCUCCUGAAUCUUCAGAAGCAAUAUGAAUGACUCUUUUGUAAUUAAGUUUAUGAUCAAGGCUAUAAAUUCAUGUUUGUUCUGCUGAUAGUGCACCUACUGUGUGUUGUGUUGCUAUAAAAUGGUCAAAUGCUGGACCCACAUCAUGUUUAAACAAUAAAAUCUCAAUGUUUAAAAGGAUGUGCUGUGACAUGGUGUGACAGUACUGGCUUUCUUCUGUUCUUGUGCAACUUUUAAAGAAAAACACAUGCAACAAUUGUUACCAAGCAGCUGAUUUUCCAAUAUGAAAUCAACAAAGUCUCUGAAGAGGGCGGGAGUGGUGUAAUUUAAGUAGCGCAAGAUGUUUCUGCCUGUUAACCCUUUGAAAGUUCAUUUUCUCACCCGUUGUCAUGUCUGAGGGGAUCAUUAUCCGCAGCUGUAAGACAAUAAUGCACGCUUUGUUUCAUGGUUUCUUAGUUUGGUUCAAUCUAUUAGAUAAGUAUCCAGUGUUGAUGCAGUCUAAGGAUGUCUCGGUUUCAGCCGUUGUGUAGCACAGAUUUAAUUGUAUGAUUGUAUCACAGGAUGUGGUUUGUGGUGUGGUUGAGCUGCAUUGUGUUAUACACUUGUAAAACCCUCACUGUUAUAAUAAAAGGGGUGGACAAAUGCAAAAAUAAUAUCUAUCAACAUAACACAAUAUAAUUCAACAUGCUCCAAAAACGUACAAUCAGCAUCUCUUUAAAACUAUUUAUUUUAUAAACUUUAACCUUCAUGAAGGUGAAGUUUAUUUCAGGACUGUUAGAGUAGACUACUUUCACUUUAGCUAGGUGUGCAUUAUAAACUAGCAACUGUGUAACUUUAAUUAUUAUUGUGUUACAGACAAAGCCCUGAGUUGAGGCAGCCAUGUUCAUGAAUUCUUUCAAAAUAAAAGUGUUGCUGAUGAAAAGAAAAAAUGUCAAAUGUUUGUUGUAUGAGAAGGUUUUAAAUCAAAUAGGAUGGCAGUCCUCUUACAUUAGCAUACAGGGAUUUUGAUUUUAUCAUGGUCACAGCUCCUAUCAUACAUUUUAUCCACUCUCCUACCACCCGAGGACCUCAUGAUAUCGACAAAGCUGCAUCUAUUCUUCACAAAUUAAAGUGAAACCAACUAUCAGUGAUGACACUGUCUGCAUCUUGCUGGUGAAAUUAGUACCAUUGAGACGUUUCUGCUCUUAUUUCACUUCAUAUAAAUAUGGUUUGGUUUAAUCACAUUAACUGACCUGUUUACAACUUUUCACAUUUUCUGUUUUCAAGCAAAUGUCUGUUUUUGUCAGAUAUGGUUUAAAUAUGUAGAGUUUAUUUUCCAUAAGUUAUUGAGCUUUUUGUUUGUACCCUGUUCUUCAUUCCUGGCUAUAUGAUGGGGUGAAUCCACAUUUUUACAAGGGAUGAGAUGAAGAGAAGUUUUGUCUGCUUGUACUUUCCUCUGUCAGCUGUUUUCUAUACCGUUUUAGAGCUGUGUGUCACAAGUGCUGCAUGUCCCCAGUAUUCACUCCCCAAAGUGUUUUUUGCUCCAUGUGUGAAGUUACUGGUGGGUUCAUCGUGCUUUUGCCUUCUAGAAGAACCCGCCAUGGCCAAGAACAUUUAAAUAAAGGUGAACGGCAAACGUG